AUGGGUAAAUCAAUUGGAAUUGAUUUGGGUACCACAUACUCUUGUGUGGCACAUUUUGCUAAUGAUCGUGUUGAGAUCAUAGCUAACGACCAAGGUAACAGGACGACUCCAUCGUUCGUCGCCUUUACCGACACUGAAAGAUUGAUUGGUGAUGCUGCAAAGAACCAAGCUGCCAUGAAUCCAGCUAACACUGUUUUCGAUGCCAAACGUUUAAUCGGUAGAAAAUUCGACGACCCGGAAACUCAGGCCGAUAUUAAGCACUUCCCUUUCAAAGUUAUCAACAAGGGGGGAAAGCCUAAUAUCCAAGUCGAAUUUAAGGGUGAGACUAAGGUUUUCAGCCCCGAAGAGAUUUCCUCCAUGGUUCUAACAAAAAUGAAGGAUACUGCUGAGCAGUAUUUGGGUGAGAAAAUCAACGAUGCAGUUGUCACUGUUCCUGCUUACUUCAAUGACUCUCAAAGACAAGCCACCAAGGAUGCUGGUUUGAUUGCUGGUUUGAACGUUCAAAGAAUCAUUAAUGAGCCCACCGCUGCCGCAAUUGCUUACGGGUUGGACAAGAAGGAUGCAGGCCACGGUGAGCACAACAUUCUAAUCUUCGAUCUAGGUGGAGGAACUUUCGAUGUUUCUCUACUAUCUAUUGAUGAGGGUAUUUUCGAAGUCAAGGCCACCGCAGGUGACACCCACUUGGGUGGUGAGGACUUCGAUAACAGAUUAGUCAACCACUUUAUCGCCGAGUUCAAGAGAAAGACCAAGAAAGAUCUUUCUACAAACCAGAGAUCCCUUAGAAGACUAAGAACCGCUUGUGAGCGUGCAAAGAGAACUUUGUCUUCUUCUGCUCAGACCUCCAUCGAGAUUGAUUCUUUGUUCGAGGGUAUCGACUUCUACACCUCGAUCACUAGAGCUAGAUUCGAGGAGCUCUGUGCCGACUUGUUCAGAUCCACCAUCGAGCCUGUUGAGAGAGUCUUGAAAGACUCCAAGUUGGACAAAUCUCAAGUUCAUGAGAUUGUUUUGGUUGGUGGUUCUACCAGAAUUCCAAAGGUUCAGAAAUUAGUUUCUGACUUUUUCAAUGGUAAGGAGCCAAACAAGUCCAUCAACCCAGACGAAGCCGUUGCAUAUGGUGCUGCUGUCCAAGCAGCUAUUUUGUCUGGAGAUACUUCUUCCAAGACACAAGACUUGUUAUUGCUGGAUGUUGCUCCUCUAUCUUUGGGUAUUGAAACCGCUGGUGGUAUCAUGACCAAGCUGAUCCCAAGAAACUCCACAAUCCCAGCCAAAAAGUCAGAAAUCUUUUCGACAUAUGCUGACAACCAACCAGGUGUUUUGAUUCAAGUCUUUGAAGGUGAGAGAACUAGAACCAAGGACAACAACCUGUUGGGUAAGUUUGAACUUUCUGGUAUUCCUCCUGCUCCAAGAGGUGUUCCUCAAAUUGAGGUCACCUUCGAUAUGGAUGCCAACGGUAUUUUGAAUGUAUCUGCUGUUGAGAAGGGUACCGGUAAGACUCAAAAGAUUACUAUUACCAACGAUAAGGGAAGAUUGUCCAAGGAAGACAUCGAGAGAAUGGUUUCUGAAGCUGAAAAAUUCAAGGAUGAAGACGAGAAGGAAGCCGAGAGAGUUGCUGCCAAGAAUGGCUUGGAAUCAUAUGCUUACUCUCUGAAGAACUCUGCAGCUGAAUCUGGAUUCAAGGACAAGGUUGGAGAGGAUGAUCUUGCCAAGUUGAACAAGUCAGUUGAAGAGACAAUAUCUUGGUUAGAUGAGUCACAAUCUGCUUCCACAGACGAGUACAAGGACAGGCAAAAGGAAUUGGAAGAAGUUGCUAACCCAAUAAUGAGCAAGUUCUAUGGAGCUGCUGGUGGAGCUCCUGGUGGAGCUCCUGGUGGCUUCCCUGGAGGUUUCCCUGGCGGAGCUGGCGCAGCUGGCGGUGCCCCAGGUGGUGCUGCCCCAGGCGGAGACAGCGGACCAACCGUGGAAGAAGUCGAUUAA